CCAACGGUCGCCGCCCGGGUGGCUGGGCCAGUGCCUGCGGGCCGCCGCGCCCUCACCAGGAUGCCAUACUGACAAGGAAGAUGGCUUUGUGGGCUCGCCAGGUCUCCCGAUGGUGUUGCUUGCUGAAAAGAGCCCACGCUACUGAAUGUUCUCGGAAGCUGAGCCGUGGCAGCAAUGCAACAUGGACAUGUCGUGUGUUUUGCCCUCUGGCUGUGCUGCCCUCUAGAAAUGACUUUCUUCUGUGGAAACUGCAGACCUACAGACUUUCAUCUGUAGGGAGUUGUUCUCAGCCUGACAGCACCAAGGAGGGAUCUCUUGCAUCUCCCCAAAGUAAUUUGCCUUCACAAGUAAACCAACAACAGGCAAAAGCGGAAAUGUUACCUGACCUGAACGCAGAAGUACUGUAUGAAGACUGGGAUGACAUCCCACCUUCAUCUGCUUUGGAGGAGAUAUCUGAGGAAGAAGCCGUGCAGAUCAUUGCAGAACCGCUUCUUCCCCUCCAGUCUUCCACACUCCGAGAUUAUGUUGACCACUCAGAAACCCUGGCAAAACUGGUACAUCUAGGAGUUGAUUUAUCCCAGGUGGAGAAACGUCAAAAGGCAGGCCAGCUCUUACUGACCUUGGACUUUGAAAAAGAUAUAAGAAAAAUACUUCUAUUUCUUAAGGAUGUGGGUGUAGAAGACAAUCAACUGGGACCAUUCCUGACCAAAAAUCCAUACAUCCUUGCAGAAGAUCUGGAAGCUCUAGAAACUCGAGUGGCUUACCUAAAAUCAAAAAAAUUUGGUAAGGCAGAAAUUGCUCACAUGGUCUCAAGAGCUCCAUAUUUGCUGUUGUUUUCAGUGGAAAGACUGGAUAACAGACUGGGUUUCUUCAAAAAUGAACUUGGCCUCAGUGUAAGAAAGACAAAGGAUCUGGUAAUUCGUCUUCCAAGGCUACUGACUGGCAAAUUAGAGCCUGUAAAAGAAAAUAUUCAGGUAUGUCAGAUUGAACUUGGUUUUCAGCGUAAUGAAAUUCAACAUAUUGUGUUUAAAACCCCCAAGAUUUUAACUGCAAGCAAAAAGAGGCUCAGGCGGACGUUUGACUACCUACACAAUAUAAUGGGCAUUCCCCACCACAUGCUUACUCAAUUUCCUCAGGUUUUCAACUCAAAACUUCUACGAAUCAAAGAGAGACAUUCGUUUCUUACAUUCUUGGGAAGAGCCCAGUAUGACCCAGCGCAACCCAGCUACAUCUCUCUUGACCAGCUAGUAUCCUUGCCUGAUGAGGUGUUCUGUACAGAGAUUGCUAAAGCCUCAAUACAGGACUUUGAAAAAUUCUUAAAAACACUUUAAUUAGUAACACAUGUAAAAAGGAAUAACGUAAAGUUAAGAAAUAAACAUAUUUUGUAAACCUAC